GGUGGUCCAGUGCUGUGGCAGUGGUGGCAGUACCCGAAACUGUGCACUGAUUGUGAUAGAGAGGGAGCAGAGCUUCAAAGCUCACCCAAGGCUCAAGCCCACGACACGACUCCACCCACUACCACUCUCCCACAUCUCACCUCGUACUUGGAGGAUGACCACGUCGCCCACGGACAAUAAUAUACAAUCAACCCAAUGUGACAUCAUCCUCACCACCAAACACCAACACCACACCACACUACACUUACGCCCUUUAGACCGACCGCGAUACCCAACCUAAUCGUUCCGCACCGGCUACCGCACCGCACCCACCACCCGUCAACACCACUACUAAGCGCCGCUAAGCUUCAGCCUUCAGCCUUCAGUCGGAUAAGGAAACUAUCGAACCUCUAACCUUACCGACUUCAACGUCUUCUCUCUCCCUCAACCUCCACCCACCCCCCAACGCCCGAUUUGCUUCCAAGGGCCUCUCAACACCACCCCCAACCCUUGAAUUGUAUCGCACGUCUCUCACAGAAAGAGACUACGCAGGNACCCCCCAACGCCCGAUUUGCUUCCAAGGGCCUCUCAACACCACCCCCAACCCUUGAAUUGUAUCGCACGUCUCUCACAGAAAGAGACUACGCAGGUACACCCGCAACAGUCGUCCUGGCAGACGAAAAUCCACAUUCUAUAUCCCCAUCAUCCACCUCCGACGACCCACCCACGCCGCAACCCUACCCCCCCAUCUCUCCCAGCACAGCAAUCUCAGCACCACAGCCCGCCAUAAGUUUCAAUCAAGAGGAAAGUGAGGAAGAAAUCCCAACAGACACAACCAUAAGUGCUUCCUCAGACCGGCCAUAUCGUCAUCCCCGAACAUCACCCCCGUCAUCGUCCACUAUUCUUGGCCGGCGACGUCGAGAGAGAUCUCAGGAAUUCGAAGGCCGGUCUAGCAUUCACCAGGGUCCCAGUGACGCGGUGGAUGUGCAGACUGUGGAAAACGAACACCGCCGAAAGCGAAGACGGGAAGGUCCUAGAAUGAGAGCGGACGGCGAAACCAGCAGUUCCAAUGGUACCUCGAGGCCAUUUCCAAAUGGAUCAGGCGCGUCCCCUCUCCACAAGGCGGCAAUUUCCAACUCGGCGAAUGGCAUGCGCAAAUCCCCGAUAGCGACGAAUGGUUCGUCGAGUACAAACGGUCAUGGAGGGGCCAAUACCAAGCCCAGGCUACCCUAUUUUGGUCAUGAUCGAGAAGAAGUGACGAGAAUUAUGAUACAGGCCCUGACAGAUUUAGGAUAUAAUGAUGCAGCCGCAACUUUAAGUCAGGAAAGUGGGUUUGUCCUGGAAAGUGAAAUGGUUGCAAACUUUCGGAAUGCCGUUUUGCAGGGCCUAUGGGAUACGGCAGAGAAACUUUUAUUCCAAGGCACGAUAGAAGGUGGGGUAAGCAUCAGUGGGAAUGGGCUGGUGCUGCAGGAAGGCGUAGAUAAAAAUGUCAUGCGGUUCUGGUUACGGCAACAGAAAUUUCUGGAACUUCUGGAGAAGCGGAAAACAGGCGAGGCUCUUCUUGUUUUACGGCAGGAGUUGACGCCCUUGUACCAAGAUACUGCAAAACUCCAUUUCUUGUCAAGGUUGGUCCUGAAUUCCACUUUUUUUUUCUCACGCUAAAGUUAUGUUCAGUCUACUCAUGUGUCAGUCAACUGAUGAUCUUCGGGAAAAGGCGGACUGGGAUGGGGCUGAGGGCGGCUCACGAUAUCAACUCCUCUCGGAACUGUCCAGUAAGAAUAUUGAACCAAUGAUCACCCUUAAUUUACAAUGAGACUAAUAUUGUCAGAAUGUAUAUCUCCUUCAGUCAUGCUACCUGAACACAGAUUAGCUGUUCUCCUACAACAAGUAAAGCGAAACCAAAUUUCAGACUGCCUAUAUCACAAUACUGCCACAUCGCCUUCGUUAUAUCAGGACCACAGUUGCGAUAGACAUAAUUUCCCGGUGAAAACUGUCCUAGAACUAGACAAGCAUACUGGGGAGGUUUGGCAUGUCCAAUUCUCACAUGACGGAUCAAAACUGGCAAGUUGUGGGGGUGAUGGAUUGGUGAUGAUAUACGAUGUCCCGUCGUUCGAGUUGCUGCAUACUCUCCACGAUCAUGAAUUCGGCGUAGGAUCUUGUGCAUGGAGCCCCGACGACUCAAUGCUAAUCACAUGUUGUCAAGACAAAAAGGCCAGGUUAUGGAACGCCAAUGUGAGUGGAUGUCAAUACACCCAAACAACGCAAACUAAUGCUAUGCAGAGUGGUGAAUUAAUGAGAUGCUUACGACCAUUCAGCGAACCUGUCAGUAGUUGCGUUUGGGCUCCUGAUGGAAAUUCUUUUGUAACUGGCUGUUUUGACAAAUCUCAUAAUUUGGUUCAGUGGAAUCUCAACGGUGACAAGGUGUAUGACUGGGGUCGAAACCAUCGAAUUCAAGAUCUUGCCGUAUCACCAAAUGGCCACCGAUUAGUAGCCAUGGAUUCUGACUGUCAUAUUCACGUCUACAAUUUCGUGACACGCGAGCUGGAAUAUGAGAUGGACAUGAAAGCCAAACUGAGUUCAGUCAGUAUAAGUCAAAACAACCGGUACUUAUUGGUCAACAAGAAAGACGGUCAGGCUCGGAUGUUGGACUUGGAUACUCAGGAGUCACCAAAGUUUUUCCAAACCGGUGAUCGAGGGGGCGCGAAUGUCAUUAGAGCUACUUUUGGUGGAGCCAACGAAAGUUUCGUGAUUUCCGGAAGUGAAGGUAUAUUUAAUACCAUUUUGAGGUUUAGCUUUUAGGUUUGCUAAUCAUUUUCAUUUCAGAGGGCUAUGUUUCUAUCUUUCAUAAAGACAACGGGCAACUUAUCGAGAAACUCGAUGGUCAUGAGAAAGGGUGUUGUAGCUCGGUAUCGUGGAAUCCAACCAAUCCAUGCAUGUUCGCGUCAGCCGGGGAUGACUGCAAAAUUCGGAUGUAAGUCAUCAUCUCGACCAUUCCCGAAUUUCCCGAAUGUCCCUACUAACACCAUCAGAUGGUCCAACGAAGACUCAAGCUCCAAGUCAAGAUCAUCAAAGGGAUCACGGCAUUCAAACGGGUCACAGCAGGAAUCCAACGGCUGGUGAAGGAAAUAGAGAACAUGACAUUUUGGAAAGACAACAACAUAGCACAAAGGGGGUUCAGGCGUAUUGUGUGGCAUGGGAUUGGGGAUUGAAAUUC